GACAACAUAUACGUGCCAAUCAAUCAGUAGUGAACUCGCAUUCAGGCAAUAUCCUUUUGGUACAUAUUGAGAAUGACGUUCAAAUUACUCCACCUGUUCCCGUUCCAUUUUCUUUUUUGCAGAAGGGCAGCAGCCUACAUAUGUACAUCCAUCCAACUUACCAGAAACCAGAUUUCGAAAUGUGGGCGUGGGCAUAAGAUGAUGAGAUAUCUCGUAUCGAUCAGGUAACUAUACAUUACAUACACUUUAAGUACUGGUUUGACGUUUGAGAAUAUAUUGAUCUGAUUUCUCGGGAAUAUCUUUCGAAGUUUGUGGAAGAAGAACCUACGCACUCACAAGGCAAUCUCGCAUUUGUAUCCUGGCAUUCAUUCACAAGAUAAGACACGGCUCUCUUCGAUUUCAAAAGGACUGUGAUUUUCGUUGAGCUACAACUUGUAUUCAACACAUACAUUUCUUUGGAUCAACGACGACCAUCCAGUCCAAAAUGUUUUCUAUACCGUCAAUACCAUAUCGAAAGGAACCCUACCCUCCAUACUGGGGCACGAUUAACUCGCAAACAAAUUUCUGCGAAGAGGAUCAUAUAAUAACCACAUAUAUCGCCGAGUUUAUAAAUACACUCACGAAUAUCACAUACCUUUACUACGCCUACAAAGGUAUCCGCGCGAAUUCUAACCGUCAAGAUGCCAUCCUGCGGAAUCUGCCCUAUCUCGGACUCGCAGCAGUAGGUCUCCUCAGUGCUCUGUUCCAUGCCACUAAUAAAGACUGGACACAAUGGUUCGACGACACCUCCAUGUUGAUCGCCACAUCUACUGUCGUCCAUCGAGUUUUCACUUAUGACAAAUCACUCAGAUAUACAGUUAUAUCGGGAGUGUCUUUAUUCAUCUUCAUGGUUACAUUCGUAGCCUGGCAUUGUAUUACUGACGAAACUCUCAUGCAUCCCGUUCUCUUCGGUAUCGAAAUCGCAUUCGUAGGCAUCAAAACACGUAGUAUCAUUAAUCUCCGCGUGGCAGACGUAAAUGUCCAGAAACAGGUUAAGAAACUCGUUACAUAUGGAGGUGUAAUCUUCGUAUCCGGUUUCGUCCUCUGGAAUAUAGAUAACCAGUUUUGUGAAUCUCUCACCGAUACGAAACAUUCGUUGGGAAUGCCUUGGUCCUUUGUAUUGGAAUUACAUGGCUGGUGGCAUAUCUUGACGGGGAUUGGUGCUUAUAUCUUCAUAGCACUAGUCGAAUACCUCACCUCCGAAGAAGCAGGCCAAGAACUAGGCAAAAGCUUCGCGUGGCCUGUGGGUUUGAUUUUAGCUAGCCGCAAAAGCGCAACAAAAGAUUGGAGAAUCGGGAAUGGAAGAGGUGAGGAGGAGAAAGGAAAAAGUGGCGAUUUGCUGUCGAAUGGAUUUGGAAAUGGUUAUUUGCACGCGAAUGGAAAGAUAUCUGCGCAUGAGAGGAAUAAGAGUGAGUAGAUAAGUAGAGUCUUAGAUGUGUAGAGGUGUGGUGGUUCUGUAUGUGUAUGUGUAGGUGUGAGCAAUCGAUAGGUUGGGGCAUUGGAUCUGUGGCUGGAAUGGAAACCUGCAAAUUGGGAGUAGUUGUUUGUGCGUGACGGGGUGGUUCUCUUUGGCAUGGGAAAGAAAAUUUCACGAUUAGGAGAAGAAAGAGCGAGAUAUCAUGUGUAGGGAGCUAUAGCCGUAGCUGUAGACAGGUUAGAGCACGAGGGGGUUAAGAUAGGAGAUAUACUUUACUAUACUAUACUAGAGUUUGAGAUCUAGAACCUAGAAUCUAGAAUCUAGAAAAAUUGCAGGUCUUGUACGGAUGGGACUACAGCCGAGAGAAGAUACCAGAUUUGAUUAUAUCAGAUAGGAUAAUUACCAUUACAAUUACA